UGUGUGGUGCCCCGCUCUUCCGUAUGCCGCUGCUGUCUCUGUUAUCACAGGUGGAAACGAGACGGCGCUCAACUGGAGCUGCCGAGGAUAUUAGGUUGCGUUCGAGGGUUCUUAGUAGAGGACACGGUGACUGGAUAUAUCUUACGGCUUGCAAAAAUGAUCGAAUAACAAUAACUAAGUGGAGACUGGUGUGGUUGUAAUCGGCAGAAGCAGAGUGUAGCUUCGCUAGCUAAUAAACAGUUAGCGCGCUAGCUAUACAGUGCACGGCUCCGGCUGCGGUGUUCUGGGAGAAGCUGCUUGUUCGAGCUCGACCAUGUUCGUGCAAGAAGAGAAGAUCUUCGCAGGGAACGUGUUGAAGAUCCACAUCUGUACCAUGGAGGGCACGGAGUGGCUGGAGGAAGUCACUGAAGACACCACUAUAGAGAAGCUGAAGGAGAAAUGCCUGAAGCACUGUGCACAUGGGAGUCUAGAGGAUCCCAAAACCAUCACACACCACAAACUCAUUCACGCAGCUACAGAGCGGAUUCUUACUGAAAGCAAAACUGUCGCAGACGAAAACCUUAAAGAUAAAGACUGCUUGUUAUUGAUAAAAAAGAGAGCACCACCACCACAUCCUAAAAUGACCGACGUGUCUACAGAAGAGAAGCAGAAGAAACAGGAGAGCAAGGCUCCUGAUAAAGAUGCUAUCCUCAAAGCCACUGCAAAUUUGUCUACUCGUCACUCUGACCGCACUGUCGCACAGCACAACAUCAGAGACUUCCAGACAGAACUGAGGAAGAUUCUGGUGUCGCUAAUUGAGGUAGCGCAGAAGCUCCUUGCUUUGAAUCCAGACGCUGUUGAGCUUUUCAAAAAGGCCAAUGCCAUGCUGGAUGAGGACGAUGAGGAGCGUGUGGAUGAGAACGCGCUGCAGCAGCUGACUGAAAUGGGUUUCCCAGAGAGCCGUGCAGUCAAAGCACUGCGUCUAAACCACAUGUCUGUGACGCAGGCUAUGGAGUGGCUGAUCGAGCAUGUGGACGACCCCACAGUCGACACGCCCCUGCCGGGCCAGGAAGCUCAAGGAGCAGCGGGAUCUGCAGCGGCUAUUUCUGCGUCUGCGUCUGCAGGUCCGUCUGCCUCGGCUCCAGCCGCUACCUCCUCACAAUCCAGCUUGGAGGAAGCCAAGCAGGACGAGCUGACAGAGAUCUUCAAGAGGAUCCGGAGGAAACGAGAGUUCAGGCCGGACUCACGGGCAGUGAUUGCACUGAUGGAGAUGGGGUUUGAUGAGAAGGAAGUGAUCGAUGCCCUCCGGGUCAAUAAUAAUCAACAGGAUGCUGCUUGUGAAUGGUUGCUCGGUGACAGAAAGCCUUCACCUGAGGAUCUCGAUAAGGGCAUCGACACUAACAGCCCUCUGUUUCAAGCCAUACUGGAGAAUCCUGUGGUCCAGCUCGGCCUCACCAACCCCAAAAUACUGCUGGCGUUUGAGGACAUGCUGGAGAAUCCUCUGAACAGCACACAGUGGAUGAAUGACACUGAAACCGGUCCUGUCAUGCUCCAGAUAUCCAGAAUCUUCCAGACACUCAACCGCACAUAAAGCACAUCAUAUCUCUGGAGUUUCUACAAACAGGACAGGCUUAUUCACUAAUAAGGGAAGUGUGUGUGUGUGUGUGUGCGUGUGUGCGCGCUGUGUGGCUGGUAUGGUUUAUGUUGCAUAUGAGUUACGGCGAGCAAUGAAUGUAACAAUAAUAACAGGAUGGGAAUUUUUCUGUUUUAAAUAUUAUACAGAUAAAUCUAUCUAUUUAUAACUGACAGAACACUUGUAAAAAAAACAAACAAAAAAAACAACAAAUGUAAACAUUAACUUAACAACUGAUAAAUGCUAGCUUCACUAUUUUGUUUUUUUUUAUGAGCUGUUUUUAAUUCUAUUAAGUACAUAUUUUAUUUUAUAUACUUUCUCCAUGAUGUAAAUUAACACAAGGCAUCCAGAGCAAAAACAAACAAACAAACAAACUGUUUACACUGCAGGAAAAACUGUCACGUGUUAUGUCUCGUUAUUAGUCUCUUCAAAUAUCAGAAUACAUAUUACCAGGAUGAGAUGACUAAUGCAAACUUUUUAUUUUUUAUUUUUUUAAUUUGAAGUAGUACAGGUUGUGAAACUACAUUUGCUGGUACUGAUUUCUGCUGUAACACGAGCGAGAACAAAACACGUCAUGUUUUCAUUUACAGUCCACAUGAGCUACGUUAGACGACAGCUUUAGAGAAACACUGUACAAUCGUGUCGUGCCAUCAGAAAUAACGCAACAUCUCAUUUCAGGUCUGUGUAAGCAAUGUUCAUAAUAAGGUGGACCUUUCAUUGUGAAUGAGUUAAUGCUAUCAAGGGCCCAAACCUUUAAUGGGUUUCCUUUAGAAAGAAGAAAGAAAUAGCCUUUAUUUGUUACAUAUACAUUACAGCACAGUGAAAUUUUUUCUUCGCAUAUCCUUGGAGGUUGGGGUCAGAGCACAGGGUCAGCUGUGAUACAGAGAGGGUUAAGGGCCUUGCUCAAGGGCCCAACAGUGGUAACUUGGGGGUGCUAGGGCUUGAAUCCCCGAUCUUCCGGUCAACGACCCAGAGCCUUAACCACUUGAGGCACACGUGAAUGUUUCAAUCUUGAACCUAAAGACGUGUCGCGUAAAUCUUUGCUUCAAGGUGAAAGGUACAUAUUUAAGGAGUCCCCUCAAAAGAAAUAUUUCUUUUGAGAGUGUACGCGUUUGUGAUGUUGCCAUGUAGACUUAUAGACUUAAUAGCUUGUGCUAUUCUGCUGCUCAGCUUCAGCUGUCUGUAUUUCCACAAUUCAUCUGCGUCACUUUCACUCAAGUAAUGAAAAAUCUAAUAUCCAAAUGAAGAAAGCAGCAAAUUUCAUUCUAAUUUCAAUGUCUCUACCUAUCAAAAGAAGUAUAAAGGUUGCUGGCGUUUUUCUCUCCCCUGUUUAGAGCACUUUGCAGCAGCACUAAUUUCCCAGAUGAUGCAAUUACCUGGAAAUCGAAGCUUCUCUCUCUAAUUCAUCCUCAUAAGAGAUCAAGUUUCUUUUUUCUUUAUUCUCCUUUCUUAUUCCAGAUCGUUUUUUUUAUAUAUAUAAAGGAGCCGUGCAUAAAAGACUUGAAAAGGCGGCUGCAGGGCACAUGGACUAAUAAAACACACAGCUCCUGGUUUGUGACUACUUUUUCUUUCCAUUCUGUCCUAUUUGCUUUCUUCAGGUCUCGGUGUGAGGUGAUGGCGGAUAUUUCAUUUACACUUGUGUUUAUUGAAACUCCUGGCUCCUGUAAAUUGGAUCCCGCUUCAUUUGUUUCCUGUUGCUUGGCGCAGGAUCGAAAAAACCUGUUAUGACCGACAAAGAGAAAUGAUUGGUGCUCUGCAUGUCAGGUCACAUGCCUCAUUUAGCUUUUAUUUGUGCCAUGUUUCCACUGAUGUUACAGUUUGUAGGCAUAGUAGUUCAGAUCCUGAUUGUAGUGCAAUGCUAAGAACAGUGUGGUCAGGAUUUAGCUGGCUCUUCACAAAUACACCAUUUUAUGAGUUGCUUACUGUCAGGAAAAAAAAUAUAUAAACAAAAACACUUUUGUCACAAGAAAGUUUCCUCCAUCACAGAUUUUUUUGUUUGUUAAUAAACAAAAUCCAAAGCAGCGACUUGUUUGAUUGUGUACAUGAUGCUAUAAACCUAUAAACUACAUUUUUUUCAUUAAAAUCCAUGAAAAUGUUAUAAAUGUUAUAAUAAUCGGGAUUGGUUGUGGCUUCGUUACCCUUUACACUCGGAUACCAAAGUAAUCAGGAUUUCUUCUCUCGUUUUUCUUGUGAUGUGAGGUGUGCGCUAAACAACACUUCAUUUCCUCCUCCUUUGUUUUUUUCUUUUUCUUUUUCUUUCACAGGACUCCUUCAGUAUUUGUCACGGUUUUUCACUGUGUUUGCUCAGGGGGAUCAGAGAGCUACAGCAGGGAGAAGAUUGCAUUACUGGUGCAAUAGACUGAAAUCUAUUUAACGAGUGAAAAGCGGUGGGAAACUGAAUGUUAUGCAAGCUAAUGUGUAGUUGGAUUUAUUUAAACACUCUUAAGUACCUUAAGUGUGUCCUAUUUAUUAUUAUGACGUUUUUCAUGUUUGUCUGAAGGCAUCUGUAUAGUUCAUCAGCUGAUUUUUUUAAGACUAAAGAGCUUAGAAAUUGCAGCGUAACCACUUUUCGUUGUCAAAUCACACAUUUUCCUCCGGUAGAAACGUGGCCUCGGUAUUACGUUUUAACGAACAAUCGUCAGUGUUUGAAAUCAUUUUCUACACCAGUCAAAGUUCUAAGCAAUACGCAAUACUCUACUCACUCUCCGCUCACUAUCCGAUAGUAUAUAUUUCUCAUUACUGUGUGUUUACAAUCCCACUGUGUCUAAUAUAAUGUGAAAUCUCUGUGCAACCUCCAUGUGUAAAGGUUUAUUCAGUUUUGUUAAAAAAAAACAAACAAAAAGAAAGAAGAGGUUGGUUACAGCAGUAUGACUUUAAGCUCUGGAUUUUCUUUAUUUUUCUGGAGUUUAAACGCUCGAUGGUGUUGCUCAUAUUUAAUGAUUGUGUCACAGAUACAGCAACAGAUUACAGCUUCCUAUACAUUACAUGAAAAAUCUCUGUUCUUUAUACUCAAGCAAUGUGGAAAUAAAAUGUUGUUUUUCACAUUAAUCUGUUACACAGUCUCCACUCUACACAUAUCUACACAGACGUUGACAGCCUUGUUUUUGUAUUAUUACAAAUAAAAGG